AUGAGAGGAACGGAAUUAACUCCCGCCGAAAAGACUGCGGCACUCGCCGAAGCCAAAGCCCGUGGGUUGCCAGGAGGUUGGGAUGUGACCUUGGACAAGCGCAAACGCCGCAAAUGGAUUGCCCCCAAUGGCCGUUCGUGCGAUUCCAUUCCCAAAGCUCUGACCAUGUCGGUGGAAAUGGGCAUGUUGCCACCAGACACCUUUAUUCCCCAUCCACCACCCAAACGCAAACGGGGACGACCACCGGGCAAGGCCAAGCGGGGACGACCGCCCAAACAACCCAUUUUGGAUUUGACCAAGACGGAAGAAGAAUUGGAAGAAGAACGUCAGCAAUUGGCACGGCAAUGGAAGAAACACAAGGCACAAGCUAAUGCUAACAAGAACAAGAACAACAAUAGUAAGACCAUGACAAAACACAAAAAGAAAAAGGCGAAACAAUCCCAAUUGGAAACAUCCACACAAUACGAACAAGACGACGAAGUCAUGCAGGAUGCAGCUAACAGUGCCGAAGAAGAAGAAGAAGUGGAGGAAGAAGAAGAAGAAGAGAGCGAAGAAGAAGAUGGUGAAGAAGAUGAAAUGGAACCACCCACCGACCCUGAAACGACUUUGCAACCCACAUGGUCUCAUUUGACUACCGUCCACUGGGAUCCCAACAGUGCGGCAGGCCAAAAGGUGGGUUGGUUUGUCCGCGUUUCGGACGACAAGACUGGAGAUUGGCACGAUGGACGUAUCUUGAGAUAUGAUCCCUGUACCCACAAGCACAAGAUUCAAUUCGUCCAUGGUACGCGCUCAUACGAAAAGGCAGACAAUGACAAUUGCGUGUGGAUUCAUUUGCGCAUUGAAGAGGGAAUUCAAAUUGCCACUGAAUUGGUCUGGGCUCACGUCAAGGGAUAUGCUUGGUGGCCGGCCAUGGUAUUAGAAUCGGAUUUGCAUCCGGUCCGAGAAGGUUAUCGAAGUGUCGAAUUCAUUGGAUCGGGAGAAGUGGCGACGUUACGAGAUGGACCCGAAACGUUGAGGCCCUUUACCAGGGGGCAUAUUGAUGCGACCAUUGCCAAGAAUAAAAAGAAACGAAACACCAAUGCGAUUCAAUUGGCAAUGGUCGAAGAAGCCAAGAUUCAACAAAUACGAAAUGAGGCGGCCAAGUAUUAUGCCAAACAAGCCUUUGCCAUGAGUUGUUCUACUUCGAGUGGCAGUGGUAGUGGCAAUAGUAGCAAUAGCAGUAGUCAACAACACAAUUACAUGGGCAAAAAGGUACAACUCUUUCGGUCCGAUGUCAAUUAUCCCUAUGGAGAAACAGUAACAGGCCGCGUCAAACAAUACAGUCCUGCCUUGGGAAAAUGGUUGGUGGCCUAUGAAUACAGUGAACAAGCCAAGAAAAAAUAUGAAGCGAGUUGGGUCAAUUUGAAAUCCAAAGAACACAAGGUUCGAAUCUUGGACAAGGCGCCCAAGGGAAGUCCGCCAAAACCGGCCAAGGAUUUGGAUUUACUUCCCUUUUUGGUGGGAUUUCGAAUGCCGCCAAAAAUAGUAGAACUACUAGAGGUGGAAGAGGAAGGAAAUAAUGCCAGCAACAGCAACAGCAGCAGCAGCAGUAGCAAGAAAAAGAGUAGCAAGGAUGAAGAUCCAAAAGAAGGAACGGAUGAAAAUCUGGCACUGGCACUAAAGCAACGAUGUCAUGGAUGUACGGAAUAUUGGAAAAAGGAUGAUACCAAAAUGGAAUGUACCGUUUGUCAGGGUUCUUUUCAUUUGGGGUGUACAAAUCCUCCUCUUACGCCAGAUGUUUAUCAAAAGCUACUCAAGAGCGGACAACCAUUUGUUUGCUCGAGAUGUAUCCCUUGCAAGGGAUGUUAUCAACACGACAUUGCUUUUGGAUCUCACGUGCAAACACCACCACCCACUCUGUCCAUGGACGAGGACGAUGAAGACAAGUUACUCUUGUGUAGCAUGUGUACCAAAGCCUACGGCGAGGGACAAUUCUGUCCCAAUUGUGCCCAUUCAUGGGACGACGAACACUUUCAACAUGUCCAACGACAAAUUCGAUGGCAACAGGCCCACAAACCCAAGAAACGAGGUCGCAAGCGCAAGAAUCCAGAAGAUCCGUCCGGUGGUGGAGUGGAUUGGCUAAAUUACACGGCACCGGCAGUGGUGCAGAACGAAGACAAAUUGCCACAAGGUGCCAAGGUGAAUCCUACCUGGUAUCAUGCCGAAACAGCACAAUGGGGGUACACGGAAGUGGACAUGUUGACGUGCGAUUCUUGCAAACUUUGGGUCCACGCUGGGUGUGCAGGAUUGGACGAGGAGGAAUACGAAGAGACGAGUGAUGGACAGCAUCCCAUUUACAGUACUGAAUUCUUGUGCAAAGUGUGUUGCAAACAACGGUGCUUGGAUUUGAUUCAAGGUAUGCAACACGAAGAUACCAUGAUGCUCUUUGCCGAACCAGUGUCGGAAAAGGUGGCGCCCAAUUAUUUGGAUGUGAUCAAACGUCCAAUGGAUUUGCAAACCAUGUUGGUGCAGGCCCGAAAUCAAAACUAUAAGAAUUACGCAUGGGUUCGGGAAAUGUUUGAAUUGAUGGUGCUGAAUGCACUGACCUUUAAUCGACCGCACACUCCCUUUUGGAAGGAAGCCAAGCGAUUCUACGAGGCGUGUUUAGACACUGUUUUCAAAAGCAUUGGCAAGGCGGCACCUCCAGGACAAUACGAGGAUCGAAUUGAAGAGAACUUUGCCAAGGCGGAAAAGGCCAAGAAAUUGGAAGCAGACCGAAUCCAAGAAGACAAGUCGACCGAAAAGAAGGAUUUGGUGGCGGGAGCCAAGGUGUCGACGGUCACUCUUCCAAAUCUGCGCGAAAAGCCAGUGGGCGUCCAAUCCUGCGUUCCAGCCCGCGAAGUCAAGGUGAAACCAUCCGAUGCCUACUUUUGUUCCUGGAUGGAUACUUGCUACACCUGUGGGAGUAGUGGGGCAUCCGACACGAUGCUUUUCUGUGUGGACUGUGGGGAAGCCUUUCAUUCCUUUUGUGCCAAUGCUCCCAUUCAUUCGAUGGAAAAGUCAUCUGCGGCUGGAUGGCGAUGUCCCAAUUGCAAGAUUUGUGAAAUCUCCGGAGUCUCACCGGAAGACGAGCGAAAUAUGCUGUUUUGUGAAAUGUGCGAUCGAGGAUUUUCCUUGGAUAAGCUCGAUCCCCCACUCAGUUUUGCUCCUCCUGGUAUAUGGGUAUGCGGUCAGUGCAUAGAUUGUAAAAAGUGUGGCAACACUCUUGAACCGAAUGGACCGAAAAAUACGUACUGGUCAAGGGACCCACACUUGUGUUAUCGAUGCGGUGGAUGUGACGGACUAGUGGAUCGCAAAUCUCACAAAUGUGGUGUCUGUUCCACCUUGUGGCGAGAUGGGGAUACAGACCUCGCCGAAUGCGAACAGUGUGGUGUCAAGGUGAAGGCUCGUUGCGACCCGAAAGCCCAAGAAUUCGUGAAUCGACAAAGCUCCAAGGAUGAUGUCAUGGAUACCAAAAAUCGAAGUUCAUCAAAAUACUCCUGUCCAACGUGCUCCAAGAAGCAAGGAGGGAAAAAGAAAAAUACGGGCAAAGUAGCUCGGCGCCACUUGUAUGAUCAUGUAACAAAAGUUGUACAACAGGGAAUCAUUGUUCCAGGGGAAGAUAUGAGCGAAACUGAACUGAAAGAGAAGCUAAUGGAGCAAGUAGAUUGGAAGACUCGAAACCUGUGGCGAGACGAGUAUCGCAGAGUCGUGUUGGAAGGAGUCCGUUUCUUGGGGCUGGCCAGAGAACAGUUUGGUGAUGCCAGAUAUCUCAUGGACCGAUUCUGGGAAGAGUGCGAUGACUUGCCGGCCUGGAUGGGUCAAAGAGCGACACGAUUCAUCCAUAUUGCCAAGAAACUAAAGCUCGAGGCUUUUGGAUUUUCUGCGCGACGAAUCGAACAGUGUGUCAUGAUCUCGAAGCUUGCGGCAAGUUGGCUGAAGGUUGCCUGCCGUGUGAUGGGUUUGAAGACGAAGCGAAAUGUCAAGGGCUAUGAUCGGGUCGCUAAGCUAUUGAAGCCACCACAUGAGAGUGGGGCUGCCGAAUUGACCUUUGAUUCCAUCCGAUGUGAAAGGAAUCGAAACAUUAUCAACAAGGACGAGUGGCUUGAGAAAUUUGAGUCUAAGUUGAGCCCAAUUGUUCAGACACAGGUGCUGCAUGAAGCUCCCAGUGAAAAUCCUUCAUCAUCCAGACGCCAAUCAUCAGACGAUGGUAAAGAGUACAAGCUUGCCAGUGCUGUUUGUGGCUGGAAUGAUAUUGUUGGAUCCAAUGAUAAUUUCAAAUGGUUUGAUCCACGAUCAUGCGUUCUUUGCCACAUGUGCGGAGAUGAUGAUGCGGGGCAUUUGGAGCAGCUACCGCCAGCUUUUGAGGAUCCAAAUGAUACAGUUGUCCCGAAACUAGGACGACUCUUACCAAUGGCGGAUGGCGAUUGGGUCCACGCAUCCUGUGCCCUUUGGAGCUCGGAAACAUGGGAAUCUCCGAGUGGAGGAGUCGUCAAUGCAAUGGAAAAGGCCAAAUCACGAGGAGCCCAAUUGAAGUGUUUUGGAUGUGGGAGACAAGGGGCGACUGUUGGUUGUGUCAAGGGGAAUUGCAACUUCAACUAUCAUUUCCCAUGUGCACACGCUUGUGAUGCAGUCUUUACCUCCUCGAAAGAGAUAUACUGCAAGGCACACAAGGACAGCACAAAAGAUUUGGUUCCUAAUCCAAGUAUCGAACUAAUGAAGACUCUAGUCAUUGCUCCAGAGAAAUCAAAAGUGGAUGUCUCCGAGCUCACAGACAACGACAUCUGCUUGAGGGUUGGAGCGUUGACUGUGCAUUCCUUGGGAACGGUCGAACAGGAUGUCGACGGAUUUCAUAGUGUGGAUUAUAUCACACCCCCAGGCUAUUUGGCUACGAGAAUCUUUUGGUCAACGGCUCAUCCAAAGACCCGAACUGUCUAUGUCUUGGCGAUCGAAAAGUCUUCCAAUUCGAAACCGAUUUUCUCUAUUACGCCGGCGGACAACCCAUCCUCAAGCAUUGCAGCUUCCUCAUCGGAAGAAGCCUACAGAACGCUGAUGAGGCUGGUGGACAAAGCUAAUGGUUCUCAUUUCUCGAAUGGCGAUCCAUUCUCCAAGCUUCCAACAAAGCGUGGAAACCGAAAAGGAGCUUUUGGCCUUAAUGGUCCGCAAUUCUUUGGUUAUGGAACCAUUCCAAUUCGUAAAGCCUUGGAAUCCACCAGUGGCAUCGAGGCAGUGGUAGCCCCUAUCCACCCAACAUCACCACAAUAUCACUUUUGCUACACACAGCCUACUGUGGAAUCCAUUAUGGAGCUCCAACGGAAACGAGCUGCUGCAGCCGCAGAACAAAAGCUGGAAAAUACCAGCGGCUGUGCUCGAACAGAAGGCAUUACUGCUGUGGCACGCAGUGGAGGAAGUGAUCGCAUUACAAGGGCACUGGUUCGAAACGUCGACAGUGACAACGCUGCAGCCGAUGCUCUUGGUGGUAGAAAGCAAGAUUCUGAAAAGGCCAAGGCUGACCGCAGUCGAAUAGCCCUCAAGUACCGCCAAAUGAAGGCCAUUCCCAUUGAACAACGUCUGGUUGCCAAACGAUCUCACAUUCACGGCUGGGGUCUCUUUACCAAGCAAGAAAUAGCCAAGGAUUCGAUGAUUGUCGAAUAUAUGGGCGAGAUUGUUCGGCAGGGAGUUGCCGACCGCCGGGAAGAGCAGUACGAAAUCUCGGGAGAAGGAAGUUGUUACAUGUUUCGGUUGGAUAUGCAACGAAUUGUGGAUGCCACCAUGAUUGGAUGCAUGGCCCGCUUUAUGAACCACUGCUGUACUCCGAAUGCUUACGCGAAGGUAAUUACUGUGGAUACCGAUUUGGGAGUCGACAAGAAGAUCAUGGUGUUUGCCUUGCAAGACAUAAAGGCUGGCGAGGAAAUCACCUACGACUACAAGUUUCCAGUGGAAGAUGGUAGCCUGAAGUGUUCGUGCGGUGCUCCGAAUUGCAUUGGACGAUUGAACUAA